AAACGUUAAACACGCAUUUGUAACAUUUUUGAUAGUGUUUUAUCUCCAUAGAGCUUGAGCAUUGGGAUCUUUAUCCCGACAGUCCACCUCACCAGAGAAGAGAAGUUUGUGGUCUGUGAUCUGUGAGACAGGUGUGCAAGAUGGUGAAGAAGGCCUCAUUAGUGUUAACCACUCCACCUGGGUCAGCUCUGUUACAAGGAGAGCUGAGGCAUAUUCCGUGAGAUGAAAGAGGAAGAGGCAGAUAUAGGGUCUAAAAGGGGAAGGAAAAGAAUGAACCCUGGAACCACAACAUGCUACAGCGAGCAGCUAAACAAACCUGAAACUAUGAAGCUUGAUCAUAGACACUACUUCUGCAGUUGGUUUGGCUAAAUCUUUGGCUUGAUCAGUUACUGUUGCGUGUUUUAUUGUUAUUAUUUUUUAAUGUCUUUUAGGAAGAUGUUUCAUAUUGCUCUGCUGCUGGCCAUUGUCAUCAGUGUGAACAUGUUUCAUGCAUGUUUAAUUCCUGCCUGAAAACCAAAUUUAGAGAUAUUUUGGAUAAUAAUGAAAGUAAAGUUGAAGCAUUUAAUAAAAAGUUAUUGAAAUUCAGUGUUAUAUUCAUAACACAUUUUACCACAGAAGGCCUUUUAAAGCCCUGCCUUACUUUACAAUAUAAAUGACUAAAGUACAGUCUUACCUUGCUAAGCAUAAAGCCUACCAACAGAGCUUCAUCACAAGACUGAUGUGUUGCUGUAUUAAAUGAUAUAAAAUAUGUGCUCUUGGCACCACUAGGUUUUUCCUUUACACUUUGAGCUGUUUGAGCCCAGCAGAACACGUGAGCAUAUGAACAUUUAUUCAACAAGUGCUUUCUGUUUACUUGUAUUUUGACUCAAGUUGAGUAUGUGAGUCACACCAGAGACAGGCCACCUCCCCAUUUCAAUGGUGCAAAAUGUUAUUCCUUCCCCCCUCCAUCAGACAGUGUCACCCUAUUGGCCAAUCACUGGGUGACACAAGCAGCUGAAAAAUUGAAGGACACGGGAGGCUGCACACUUCUGGAAAAACAGUGACACACACACUCCAUCACUGAACAUCUUAUGCUAUAACUGAGUUGUUCUUUCUUUUGACUGCACCAACAGUUAGGAUUCAUACGACUGCUGUGAAGUUUUAAUUCUAACAUACAUCUUUUCAUUGCUGACUUGCUCAUAUCUGCCACCAUGUGCCUUCUGACAGCUGCCCUGUUGUUUUCUUUACUUGGUUCCUAUUCUUGUGCUCAGUUUCUGGCACCUCUAAACAUGGGAGGAGUCACAGGGCAAGUGAAAUUUGACUCCACCUCCCAGACAGCCGAGGUCAACGUGUCUGGUGCUGAAACCUGCGGUUUACUUAACUUUUCCCUCAGCGAGUUCCCCGUCAUGUAUGGCCAUUUUGCUCAGCCUUGUUCAGAAGCAAAUAUCGGCCCCAGUGUCUUCACCUUCACAGCUGCUUCAGCUUCCACUGUCAAUGUGUCACACAUCUUUCAACAAAGAUCAAACCUGGAUGACUUCUCACUGGCUUUAUUGACAUGUUCGGGCAUUAAAGUAUGCACAGUUAUAAGUCAAGGUCAAACACUCUUGACUCGUCAGGUUAGGUUUACCGGACCCAUCGCGGGUAAUGUUUACAUUCGUAUUAACACAGGACAGACCAACCUCAGGCUUCUUGCAGAUCUAGUUACAAUCGGUCAGGUCAAUGCCUUGCAAACAAAUGUCACUCUUUUUGGAUCUAUGAGCACUGCAGAAAGCUGUGCUGUCCUACUUGGAAGCCUGAACGCCUCAUCUUUGACCAGUCUGGGUACAGUAAAGGUUGGAACUCCUUUACAACCUCAGAAGUCUCGUCUGGACCUCGACAGCCUCAGCAUCAACAACAGCUUUCUUCUUUUCUUCACUGGGUCAAGUUACAAGUGUGCUCAAAUGUAUAACCUGCCAGAGAAACAGGUGGCCGCUGUUGUGAAUAUGAGAGGCAUCAAGGGAUACUUUAGUUUCCAUCAAGCAUCCCCUUUUGAUGUAACAGAGUUGAGGGUGAACCUGACUAACCUACAGAGCAAAGUCGGCCCCUACCACGUCCAUUUUUUUCCUGUCCCCUCAGUCAAGCCGCCUCCAUCAAGCUUGUGCUCAAACGAUAAUGUGGGUGGCCACUGGAACCCAUUUGGCAUCAACACGACUGUUCCAACAUACCCAAAAGUGCCUGGUUCAACACACGACAUGUAUGAGAUUGGUGACCUCAGUGCCAAGCAUAUGUCCCUUGGUGGUCAAACCAAAGUAGACAUGGUGUUCAAGGACUUCAACCUCCCUCUGUAUGGACAGAACAGCAUUGUAGGUCGCUCAGUUGUGAUUCACCAAACAGAUGGCACCAGAUAUGCUUGUGCUAGCAUCAGCUAUCCUGGUACAGUGAUUGUAGCCAGAGCCACUUUUCAGAGCCCUGUGGUUGGUAACAUCUGGUUCACCCAGCUGGAGAACAGCCCUCUGUCUGAUGUAUCCAUCUUCAUGGAUCUGUCAUAUGGAAAUCUCACAAUGACACCAACCAGAAACCACAAGUGGCAUGUUCAUUCUUACCCCAUUAGCUCAGAAAGGGAUGAUGAUGAAAAGAGCUGCAGCACAACAGAAGGACACUGGAAUCCCUUUAACAUUAGUACAGAAGACAGCAGCUAUGCCCUCCACUGUAGUCCAUCUAGUCCCUUAUCCUGUGAGGUGGGUGACCUGUCCAGCAAGCACAGCACCAUCAACCUUGGCACCAAAGUGGGCGGAGUGGAAGCAAAAAACUUCUUCACUGAUGUCACUUCCUGGUUGCCUGGGUCAGGCAUUAUUGGUCGUUCUGUGGUCAUCCAUCAACCAGAAAAAGGAGCGCCAAGGAUUGCUUGUGCCAAUGUUACAGUGGUACGAGUCCCCAAAGCUAGCCUAAGUAUCUGGUUUGGCACAGAUAUGUCCAGUGGCCAGGUGCGGUUCUCCCAGGCAGUCCCACAAGGCCCCACAACUAUAAACGUAUCCCUGAUGAACUUAAACUCAUUAGCUGGGGGUUACCAUGUUCACUUACUCUCCAUCAAAAAUGGCAGUGUAGACCCCUGUUCUAAUGCAAAUAUCCUGGGUCACUUCAACCCCUUAGCCUGGAACAUAUCAAACUCCCCACCACCAGGAACAGGCACUGUGGACCAGUAUGAGAUUGGAGACAUUAGUGGGAAGUUUGGAACGCUGAAUGGCCUCAACCAAUCCGAGGCUGUAUACAUGGACCCUGAUAUGCCAUUAACUGGACCAUACAGCAUAAUGGGAAGGUCACUGGUGAUUCACUACACCAAUGGAUCAAGAAUGAAGUGUGCCAACAUCUUAGCUGACAGAGAUAUAGAUGGACAAUGGAUUAUUGCAAAAGCUGUUUUCAACAGUACAGUGUCUGGGACAAUUCGACUGCAACAGCAGGUGUUUCCUGAUGGAAGCAGCAGUGAUUUAACCCUGGAUGUGACCCUUCAAUCACCAAUAAGACUAAAUGCAACUGUGGCAUCCUUGCUCAUCACAAACGGGCGUAUAGGUGUUAAUGGCCAGUGCAGCAAUGUGGGAGACACCUACAAUCCCUUCAACAUGACAUCGAUGAGCUCCAGCUGCUCAUUAGACAAUCCUCUGAGCUGUGUGGUGGGGGAGAUAUCUGUAAGACAAGGCCCAGUCAGUCUGACUGAGGGUCAGAUCUUCACUGACAGCAUCAUGCAGCUCUUUGGAGACAACACAGUCGUCCACAGAUCUGUACUGCUGAAGAGUGGAGACAGCAUCAUUGCAUGUGCCGACAUCCUCCCAGAAUCCCCUUCAGCAGGGCAGACCUUUCCAAGUGUGACUAGCUUCAGCAGGUAUGACUUCCGUAGGAGGGUUGCAGAUGUUCUGCAGAUGGAAGUAGCAAGAAUCACCAUCCUGCCUGGCUCUCCCCUCUCUGCAGCUGAUGGAAGGUGCCAACAAGUCAACUUCAUGGUAUCUGGGAAUGUCAGCACACAGCUUCUGGCGUCUGUCAAAACCAGUGCAAAGAUGGGCAUGUUCAAAGAAUCUGAGUCAUGCACGAAUUUGAUGCCCUCAGGAAGUGCAGGCCUGCCCCUGGUACCAGGAUGUUUUCUUCUAGGCUUCAUGCUGGCUGCUACGUACCUGCUGCCAUCAGCAGCUUAUUUAUGGCUCUGAGAUUCAGCCAUGCCAUGCACCAUCAGUGGGGAUACAUGGAUCCUCAUAGCAUAAAAUUGUGAAGAUGUUUAUGUAUUGUAAUCUAUCCAGUGCUACAGUGGUUAUCUGAUUAAACAUUUGGUUUAUGACUGCCAUGUUAGAAAUGAAAGGCCAAAAACAAAUCUUUUCUAUAGGAGGGUGAUGAACGAAUAUGCUGUAAGGAGGCAAAAAGAGGAUUUUUUGGGGCAAGUCUGGGAUGCAGUUUACAAAGAGGAAGACUUAGACAAAGCAUAUGAGCAAUUCUUAAAUAUAUUCAUGGAAGUAUAUGA